AUGGUGGCGCUCAACUCGAAUUCUCCCUCUGUCAGAGUGGCUUUUGAAGGAUGCGGGCACGGCUGUCUGCAUGAGAUCUAUGCCUCUGUCGGACGAUCUGCUACUCUUAAGGGAUGGGAUGGCGUCGAUUUGGUUGUAAUUGGAGGUGACUUUCAGGCCGUACGCAAUUCCAAUGACUUGGCUUGUAUGGCUGUUCCAAUCAAAUACCGAGAGAUUGGAGACUUCCACGAGUACUACAGCGGAAAGCGAACCGCUCCAUACCUGACCAUCUUCAUAGGCGGCAAUCAUGAAGCGAGUAAUCAUCUAACAGAGCUUUACUAUGGUGGCUGGGUGGCUCCCAACAUCUAUUAUAUGGGUGCUGCCAACGUCCUUCGCUUUGGUCCUCUACGUAUUGCUGGCCUCUCAGGCAUUUUCAAAGGCUACGACUACAGAAAGCCUCACUUUGAGAGACUUCCUUAUAGCGAGGAGGAGAAACGCAGCAUAUUCCACGUGCGUGAGUUGGAUGUACGCAAGCUUCUGCAGAUCCGUACGCAGACUGAUCUUGGUCUGUCCCACGACUGGCCCAGAGGCAUCGAGUAUUCUGGUGAUUAUGAGAGGCUCUUUCGCAUAAAAAAAGACUUCCGCCACGAUUCAGAGCGAGGCUACCUGGGUAACCCGGCGGCAAAGAACGUUCUCGACCGUCUACGUCCCGCCCAUUGGUUUUCUGCGCAUUACCACAUCAAGUUUACAGGUUCCGUUCAGCAUGGCCAGUACACUAUCCCCUUUGGGCACAAAGUGCAAGCAACAUCUCAACAGGACCCUCUUCAGUCUCAGAAGCUCCCUUACAUGUUUGGCAUGGACGGCGCCUCGGUUUCCCGAGGCUUGAGUGAUUUUAUCGAAGGAGGUUCACCUGAGUUCGAAGUGAGACAGCCUGAACUCGAAGAAGGAAAGCACAAGCUAGAGGGAAACCAGCCAUCUUCAGCUCAUACUGGUAAUGAGGUUACGAAUACCGAAGCUACUACGCUUAGUUCUGAAACGUCUACGCUGAAUCCUGAAGCGACGGCCUUCAAUCCCAGCUCAGACGAAAAGCCAUCCGAUGUAGUGGACCAGCAGACUCCAGAGCACGGCAGUCUGGCGGCAAUCUCUAUUCAGGGGUCAGGCCAAAAUCAGAAUGACAUAUCCCAACAGGAUCUCGGCGACACCACGAACCGGAUUUCAGCAUGGAAGAAUUUCCACAGUGUAGCGGCCACCCAGGAAGCCGAGGAGAACUCUCGUUUCUUGUUGGAACAGGACAAAACCCAAGAAGCAGUUCGCAACAUACAACACAAUUUGACCUGGCGCCAGGUUGACAUCGAUCAUGAUGGAUCAAGACGGAGGCUAGGUGUGGAGGGGUCUGAAUCUGUAGACGGCCCCGAGAGCAAAAAGCAGAAAACUAGUCAUGAUGCCAGUAUCGUGAAAAACGCGGACGAGAUUGAUUUGGAUCUCAGUGAUUCUGACCAGGAGGAUCAAGCAAAAAUUACACCUAGUGUUGAAAGCAAGAAACCUGCGCAGAUCUCGGAGAACACUGGAAAGCCUGAAGUGGUGUCUCAGGACAUUCGAAACCAACUUCCUGCCAGCUUCGCUCGUCCAGCGCCUGCUCCACAACCUGCUCAGGAUAUGCCCAUCAACGAGCCUUUGCCGGAAGCUAUAACAAACACGACAACUCAGUUCCUCGCUCUAGACAAGUGCACACCUCGCCGCGAGUUCCUUCAGCUUCUGGAGCUCCAACCAAUUUCUGAACAGGAUGGCGUGCAAUCUCGGCGUCCUUAUCGCUUACAGUAUGACAAAGAGUGGUUAGCCAUUCUUCGUGUUUUUUCCAACGACCUUCAGUUGGGCGAUCCCAGCGCUAACCCCUCUCCCAACAAAGGAGACGCCGUGUACAAGCCCCAGAUCAUCGAGGAGGAGAAAUGGAUAGAAGAGAAUGUGGUUAAGUCCGGCAGACUGGAUAUUCCGGAGAAUUUCACCAUCGUCGCUCCAGUUUAUGACCCAUCGAUCCCUAUCACGACACAACAAAUGCCGCUAGAUUAUAAUAACCCUCAAACCACCCAGUUUUGCGAACUCAUUGGAAUUGAGAAUAAAUUCCAUGUUAGUGAAGAAGAUCGUCAGGCGCGUGCUGCAGCCGGUCCACGGCCGGAUCAUUCCAGCAGAGGCGGUGGUGGAUCUAUGCGACGCGGGUUUGGCCACGGUCGUGGACGUGGAGGCGGUCGCGGCGGCGGAAACCGUCGGUACUGA